UCACUGCUACAAAUUAGGGCAAAAUUAGCCAUUGAAGAUGAAGAGAAUUUCUUCGAGUUACUCCCACAAGGGCAUUUCUCAUUCUUGUUCAGCAAUUAGAGCUUAUUCUUCAUGGCAUAUGAGUGACAAAUUCAUUUCAGUAAAGGGUAAACUUUGGUUUAAUAGCAAGAUUGAGAAGGUCAAAUGUUUAGAUGACGCUGUUACUCUCUUCCAUCAAAUGGUCAUAAUGAAGCCUCCUCCUUCAGUUCCCGUCUUCUGUAAAUUAUUUAACACUAUUCUAAAUAUGAAGCAUUACUCUGCUGUUGUUUCUCUUUUCAGAGAAAUGCGGAAAUUGGGCAUCCCAAUUAAUGUAUUCAUCUUGAAUAUUGUGAUUAACAGUUAUUGCUUGAUGCAUCGUGCUGAUUGUGCAUUUUCGGUGUUACCCCUUUACUUAAAGAAUGGCAUUCCAUUUAGUGUUGUCACCUUUAGCACCCUAUUAAAGGGAAUCUUUGCUGAAAAUAAGGUCAAAGAUGCAGUUGAAUUGUUUAAAAAAUUGGUCAGAGAGAAGAUUUGUGAGCCCGAUGAAGUCACGUAUGCAAUUGUCAUGAAUGGGCUUAGCAAAAGGGGCCAUACUCAGAAAACUUUUAGUUUGCUCCGGUUAAUGGAACAAGGAAACACUAAGCCCCACAUAUACAUCUACAGUAUUGUUAUAGAUGCCCUCUGCAAAGAUGGAAACUUAGAUGAUGCUGUCUAUCUUUUGAACGAGAUGAAGCAGAAAGGGAUUCCUCCGGACAUAGUCACGUAUAAUUCAUUAAUUGACGGUUUGUGUAGGCUUGGUCAGUGGGAAAAGGUUAAGAUUUUGUUCUCCGAGAUGGUGAACCAUAAUAUUUAUCCAAAUGUGCGUACCUUCAACAUAGUGAUAGAUGGAUUAUGCAAAGAAGGAAAAGUUGAAGAUGCCGAGGAAGUAAUGAGACACAUGAUCGAAAAAGGUGUAGAGCCUGAUAUAAUCACCUACAAUGCGAUAAUGGAUGGAUGUUGUUUGCGUGGUGAACUGGAUAGAGCGAGGAGAGCUUUUAAUUUCAUGAUAGAUAGGAACAUUGAGCCUGACAUUAUUAGCUAUAACAUACUAAUAAAUGGAUACUGUAAGGAAAAGAAAGUGGUUGAAGCCAUGCAAUUGUUUCGUGAAGUUUCAGAAAAGGGAUCAAAACCUGAUAUCUUUACCUACAAUACUAUCUUGCAAGGUCUGUUUAAAGUUGGAAGAAUUGGCGAUGCCAAAAAAAUUUAUUCCGAGAUGCUAUCUGUGGGUCCUAUACCUGAUUUAUACACGCAUGGCACUUUGCUCAAUGGUUAUUUUAAGUGCGGACUUUUUGAAGAGGCUAUGUCAAUCUUUAAUAAGUUGGAAAGAAAGAGUGAAAAUGCCAAUAUUGAAUUUUAUAAUGUUGUCAUUAAUGGAUUGUGCAAAUAUGGUGAAGUCAAUAAAGCUCAUGCUAUUUUUGAGAAGCUUUCUUCAAUGGGAUUGCUUCCGAAUGUGAGAACAUACAAUACAAUGAUUACUGGAUUUUGUCUACAAGGGUUGUUAGAUGAAACUAAAGAUAUGCUUAGAAAAAUGGAGGGCAACGGUUGUUUCCCAAACAAUGUCACUUAUAAUAUUAUUGUGCAAGGAUUUCUCAGGUGCAACAAAAUUAGUGAAAUGACAACUUUUAUGAAGGGAAUGGCUGGAAGGGGCUUCUCAUUUGAUGCAACUACAGCUGAGUUACUGGUAAACGUUAUAAGGGAGAAUCCUUCGGUGUUUGACAUGAUACCAGAGCUUCAUAUGGAAAAAAUGAAGUGAAUAUUACUUUCGCUUGGUUUAUUCGGCUAUGAUACAAUUUCCUUUUAUCCUUGCAUGAGAAAUGGCAUCCAAUGCAAUUGCAGAAGUUGAAAAAAUGGCAAUUAGAACGUCGUUUGAGAUUUCCAGGCAGGCCUACGGAGGAGGUUUGCAGAACAAGUUCAUCAGGGUCACAUCACAGAAACUAAAGUUCGGAAAGCGAUGACAGAUAACCGUAUCAGGAACAUUCCAGUAGUUGAUCAGACUCGUAUGAUAGGGAUGGCAUCCAUUGCCAUUGGAGAUGUUGUCCGUGCUGUUGCGAGUGAGCUUAGGGACGAGCUGGACCCUUUGAAUGCUUACACACAAGGAGGUUCCUAGGAUAUGAAGACAAUAAAUAAAUAAACGGAUCAAGCGCUUAAUCAUGUAAAUAUUUGCAUGCUUGGUUUUUCUAGUAAUAUAUGGGUAUGUGCCUCUUGAUGUGGCCUACUGCAAAACUUUUCUAGUUUAAUUUGCUUAUAAUUGGUUGUUUUUGAAUAUGGUAGUUUGUUUAAACAAAAUAAAUGGUGUUUCGUCUUGUUUUAGAGGUUUAAUAUUGUCGAUACGGAGUAUCCGUGCAUCAUUUUUGUGGCA